AUGAAACUAGUUUGGUGUUAUGGAUUGGUAUAUUUUUCUAUAGAGUUCAUCAAGUGUGGGGAAGUUUGACUUAGAAUAAACCUACACUACAAAUAUUUUUAAAUGGAGGGGAUAGUUAGUUAGCUUCUUAUCUAGAGACAUAUUCUUUUUCUUCUGAAUUCCUUGGUGCAUUAGUUUCACAAUUGGCAUUAUCAUGUAAUUUUUAGACAUAUCAAGAUUGUUACCUCAGUAAUUAGGGGGCCACAUGACAUUCUUGACAUAUGAAUAAAAUGCACGACCAUCAUAGUAAAUUGAACUAGUUUGUGAAUAUUCAGUACUCGGGCUCAUCUACAUCCGGUGAACAGUAAAAAAAAAGCAGAAUCAAGAAAACUGAAUUAUUUGGAUGAAAAAUGAUUCAGUGCGCUAGGUGCAUGCAAAAUUUCAUGGCUAAAUGACAUUCGAGGAGCUCGUGACCGAAAAGCCAAAAUGAGCAGUGCUAUUUUCAAAAGUUCCUUACAGACCUAGAAUUUGUCUUUUUUGCUAAGAGCUACUAAAAUGUCCAAACUCCUGGAAGUUUGGCACGGACUUCACGGACAUGAGCAUCUCGCAUCACAACACAAAUUGAUUUUUUUGUAAAUAAAUACUAGUAUUUUUUAAUGAUUUUACUGUUCACAUGCAAAGAACCAAAACGCACACAUAUUCACGGUUCAGAGUUGUUUUUCCCGACAAGGCAUAUACUUCAUGUCCAUUUUGUAUUCAUUGGUAUGUAUUUAUUUUUACUUCUGUCGAAAACAGUAGAUAUUGAAACAACAUUAUGCCUAGUUCCGUCAUUUUCAUAUCCUCUUCCUUCAGUCUACGUCACUAGAGUCGUGACGGCACCCAGCAUCUUGAAUGAAGGCGACCAUGCAUGCAAUGCAAACCGACAUCAGCUCACGGUCGAAUUCACGACCAACCGGUGGCUCGGGCAGCUCGUGCGAGCGGACGACGAACCAGCGGCUCAUAAACAACAUCAUCAUCGCUGCAACAAAAUAAACCACUUAUCAUCCAGCAGUGAGAUCUAGCUAGUAGGAGUACCACUUCUUGCUGCCGUGGUGCCGCCAUGAACAUCCGCGUGCGAGCUCUCGAGACCACCCAUGUCCGGCCGGAGAAAAUUCCCACCGGUCCGCCGUCGGAUCACGGCCCCAUCAGGCUCUCACUCUUCGACACCCUGUUCCUCUCGCUCCCCCCGAUCCAGCGCCUCUUCUUCUAUGACGGCGAGGACCUCCCGCCGUUCCCGGCGCUCGUCCGCUCCCUGCGGUCCUCCCUCGCCGCCACGCUUGCCGUCUUCAUCCCGCUCGCCGGCAAGCUUGCGGCCUGCCCCGAUGGCGACGUCGCCAUUGACUGCUCCCCCGACGCUCUUCGUCCAGGUGUCAGGAUCGUCGUGGCAGAGUACUCCGGCGACGCCGCCGACUUGCGUCGGGUCGCGCGGGACGCCGAGCACGACACCGAGGCGUUCCUGCAGCUCGUGCCGGAGCUCGAGGUGCGCAGGCUGCCGGCGCCCGUGCUCGCUGUCCAGGUCACGCGGUCGGCACCGGGAGGGCGAGACGACGAGGGUGGCGCAGGCGCCGUGGCCGUCGGGGUUUCGAUGCACCACGCGGUGGCCGACGGGCAGUCGCUUUGGCAGUUCAUGCGGGCGUGGGCCACCGCGUCGCGAGAGGGCUCGCUGGCACUGGCAGGGCUCGUGCCGCCGCCGACGUUCGACCGGGCGGGGAUCCUGCGGCACCCCAAAGCAGAGGCGGCUACGCGCCAGUUCGGCCGGCUCUCCGCGCAGGAUCUGCCCGCGGUGAACACGCUCCCGGAGCCGGACUGGAGGCGGCAGAGCAGGCGGACCUACCUGCUCACCGCCUCCCAAAUCCAGUCGCUCAAGCGCCGCAUUCGUGUUUAACUCUAAUACCGCAUCCUGCAACAAAGCAAGGGCGACCAGCCGCCGGAGCCUCCAACGACGUUCGUCGCCAUCGCGUCCCUGCUCUGGACGUCCAUCGCCCGCGCCAAGCUCCCGAACCACGCGGCUGCUGACGACGUGUACUUCCUGUUCCCCGCGGACUGCCGCCGGCGCCUGCGCCCGCCUCUGGAGCGGGGCUUCUUCGGCAACUGCGUCAAGCUCUGCUACGCGCGGGCCAGGACAGGCGACCUCUGCGGCCACGACCACGACGCCGCACUCGCACGCGCGGCGGCGGCGGUGCGGCGUGCGAUCCGCGAGCACGUGGAGGAGGAGGACCCGCUGGGCGACGCCGACCGGUGGGCGGAGACCAUCCAAAAAGUCCCGGUGGGAAGACUGGCCAGGCAGGGAGCAUCGCACCGGUUCAUGGCGUACGAGGUGGACUUCGGGUGGGGGGAGCCGAGCCGGGUGGAGAUCGUGUCGAUGCUCAGCGCGGCGGAGAUAGCGAUGCUGGUGGGAGCGCGAGGCGGCGCGGUGCAGGUGUCCGUGGCGCUUGGACGGGAGCACGUGGAUGGCUUCGAGGCCAGCUUCCUGUCGCAGUCCUCCAUCGCAUGAGAGCAUCACGUGCAUACGCAGUGUCGUGGCGUCGUGAAAUUGGUGUAGAUACGAUCAAAAUCCGUAUGUAAUUUUUUUUUGCGGGUAGAAAUAUUGUAUUACUCAAGCCAACAAAGAGUUACAAUCAGCGGCGACUAGCUCAAGCACUAUCGGGGGA